GGUAAUUAAUCUCUACGCUUCUCUCUCUGCAAUUACUCCUUGAGAGCAUCUCUCUCUAGAAUACUGAGUAUUGCUGACUUGAGCGUCGGAGUGUUUUCCCCGAGGAAACAACCUCGGGAUUUUCAGGUGUAGAAGCAGCUGAGGACUUCAACAAUGUUGGACUGCGAAGCUGCCAAAACAUUGGCGCCGUCUGUGGGAACACGAGGUCGCCCUCCAAGAAAUGAAAUGGACGAACAGGAGGACACUCACGUAUCCGAGCCCGGCUUGAAUGACUUUAGGCCAAUGCCAAGAAAUCUUUUUGUAGGAGGAGCCGAACAGGAUCACCUAAGUGAGACAUGUGAUGAAAGAACACCAACUGGGUAUGCAACCCAGCCCAAACAGUUCCAAGUUCCAACAGGAACAAGGCAAAGACCUGCCAGACCGUACAAUUCACAACGUGAAGGACCUGAAAGGUCAGCAGAACCUGCUCGGACAACCGAGCUCGAAGAGAGAACUAGAGUUCUCGAAAUGGCAAUGGGUAAAAUCCUUGCCCGUUUAAUUCUUGAUGACCCCUUGAUUCCUUUGCUGAACAGAGAUGCACAACCGGCUGUGGUUGUUGCAACUCGAAACUCCCCCGCUCUCAGCAACAUAGUAGUGCCGACUAGGCCAAGGGGAAGCGGGAAGUUGAAUAUCGAGCCCAGCUCGUCCAAACAUAGUGAAGAACUGAUGAGAAAAAAUGCAGACCUUGAAAGACAGCUGCGGGACAUACAAAAGUCUAUUGACGAACUGAAAAAGCCGUAUCAAGAGGGAUUCAAAAUUCCCCACCUGGAGACAUAUGAUGGCUCGGGUGACCCUAAUGAACAUCUGCACACCUAUCAAGCCAUCAUGAGAAUCCAAAACGCCAAUGAUGCCAUGAUGUGCAAAGUGUUCCCAGCAACACUCAAGUCAACAGCCAGGAGAUGGUAUCACAAACUCCCUAGACAUUCAAUAAAUUCAUUUUCCCAGCUUGCCAAGCUAUUUUCUAACAAAUUUGCGAGCCAAAGGGAGAUCAAGCGCACAGCAACCGAGCUGAUGCAAGUUAACCAGAAGGAAGGGGAAUCUUUGAGGGAUUACAUGCAGCGGUUCAACAAAGCCACCUUGGACAUUGAUAACGUCCCAGACACGAUCUGCCUGUCCUCCCUGUUACAUGGGUUGAAGUGUGGCCGGUUUCUAGACGACCUGCUUGAAAACCCACCAAAGACGUGGAACGAGGAACAACAACCGAGAAGAGAAGAAAAGAAGAAACAGAAGGUCAGUGAGCAAUGGGGGAAACCAGUUGAGUUCCCGAAAUAUGCCAAUUACAUUCCUUUGACCUUACCUAGGUCUCAAAUCCUGGCACAAAUCCAGCACUGGGUUAGGAGACCUCCACCCCCAUUGCAUGAUUCCCCGAGGGCAGAUAAGAGCAAGCAUUGUGACUACCAUCGUGUAUAUGGUCACAAUACAGAGGAUUGCCAACACUUGAAGGACGAGUUGGAGUUUUUGGCUCGUAACGAAAAGUUAGAAGGGUACCAGCUCGGCGGGACGCAGGAUGUAUAUCAGGAUAACCAGUACCCUUCUGAGCAGGGCAGAGCAUACCGAGGACGUCCGUUCAACAGGAGAGGACAAGGACCGAGAACUACUGCCCCAAAUCAAAAAGACAGGAAAGGGGUAGGUUAUGCUGGAAUACCCCCACCCUCUGGUAACAUAAACAUGAUAUCAGGCGGUGUUCACUCCGGGGGCCAAAGCGCCCGAGGCCGCAAGGCGUAUGCACGCCAGGUGAUGACAGUUAACAAAAACAGGCCUUUGAAAUGCCCAUUUGAAGAGCCAGAAUGGGAACAUGCCCCCAUCACAUUCAGCCCGGCAGACUACAAACGAGCAGAAGGAGAACCUGACAUUAUGAUGCCCCAUGCAGAUCCCUUUGUGGCAACGGUUCAUAUAGGCAAUCAUAAUGUCAAUAAAGUGUUCAUUGACACUGGCAGUUCACCAGAUAUCCUAUACUGGAGUUGCUUCCAAAAGAUGCAGCUAAAUCCGAGCUCGUUGCGGAAGCAUGAAGGCCCAAUAUACGGGUUCGAUAACCAGCCCGUCCCGGUUGAGGGAGUUAUUACUCUUCCUAUAUAUGUGGGCUCAGAACCUCGCUUCAGAAUGGAUUCCGUCACCUUCCUGGUCGUUAAGAUGGAAUUAGCUUUCAAUGCUAUAUUAGGAAGAGCCACCAUGUGCGAGCUGAAGGCUGUUAUCUCACAGCCCCAUCUCUGUAUGAAAUUCCCAACUCCUCAGGGGGUAGGAGUGUUGAAAGGAAAUCAGGAGAUGGCCAGAGCCUGCUAUCAAGACACGUUCAAGAAGGUCGAGCUCGCUGCAGCCCCGGCAAGUGUUGAAGGUCGCAAGCCAACCCAGCCCGGUCAACAAACAAUGAGUAUAUCGGACAUUGAGCAUCGACCUGAGAGCGUUGAGCAGAAGGCAGAGCCAAUAGAGCCAGUGGAAAUAGUGCCUUUAAACCUGGAUGUGCAGGAGAGAACAGUGAAGAUCGGCACUAAACUCACAGAGGAAGAGCAGGCGGAACUUCUGAAAUUUCUGAGGAAUAAUCAGGAUGUGUUCGCGUGGACUACUGAUGAAAUGUUUGGCGUCCCAGCAGAAUUAACAGUCCACAAGCUCAGCACAGACCCCACCAGAAGGAGAGUGGAAUACUCUGAAUGGGUGUCUAACCCUGUGCUCGUCAAAAAGCCAAACGGCAAGUGGAGGAUGUGUAUUGAUUUCACCAACCUCAAUGACGCAUGUCCAAAAGACCCUCAUCCGUUGCCAAAUGUCGAGAAGUUGGUAGAACGGGCAGCUGGACAUGAACGGAUGAGUUUUCUAGAUGCCAGCUCGGGUUACCACCAGGUCCAGCUGUUGUUAGACGACCAGGAAAAAACUGCUUUUUACGCUGGUGACACAAUAUACUGCUAUGUUAUGAUGCCGUUUGGCCUCAAAAAUGCUGGAGCAACAUACCAAAAGCUGGUGCAAAUCAUCUUUAAGCUCCAGAUCGGCAAAAACAUAGAAGUGUAUGUAGAUGAUAUGAUAGUCACCAGCGUGCAAGUUGAGGAUCACAUUGACGACCUGGAUGAAACAUUUCAAAACUUGCGUCGAGCUCAAAUGAAACUGAAUCCUUUGAAAUGCACGUUUGUUGUGGAAUCAGGGAAAUUUCUAGGGUACGUGGUAUCCAAGAAAGGAAUCGAAGUAAAUCCAGAGAAGGUACAGGCCGUUCAACAGAUGGAACCUCCCAAGACAGUAAAAGAUGUACAGCGUCUGACAGGUCGAGUGGCUGCGUUGCACAGGUUUAUAGCCAGAUCGGCAGAAAGGUGCCUUCCGUUCUUUAAAGCUCUGUGGGAGCCUAAAAACUUUCAGUGGACUGAUGAGUGUCAACGGGCGUUUGACGAGCUCAAACAGUAUUUGGCAUCCGCACCCCUGCUGUCCAAGCCUGUCGACGAGGAAUGUUUAUAUCUUUAUCUGGGGGUCACAGAAGAAGCGGUGAGUUCAGUGCUGCUAAGGGAAGAGAAUAAGAGUCAGAAGCCUGUCUGCUAUGUGAGCAAGGUGUUACAAGGUGCCGAGCAGAACUACCCGCUAGCAGAAAAGGUUGCUUUUGCUUUGGUUUGCACGGCCCGUAAGCUGAGAGCUUAUUUUCAGUCUCAUCAAAUCGUCGUCUAUACCGAUUUACCAUUGAGAAAAAUACUGCAGAAACCUGAACUCUCUGGUCGGCUUAUUGGAUGGAGUGUCGAGCUGAGUGAAUAUGACCUGAAAUUUCGGCCGCGCACAACCAUAAAAGGUCAAGCCGUAGCGGACUUUCUGGUGGAGUGCACCUCAAUAACUAACAAAGAGAAAGCACCUGAACACCCAGUCUGGGUUUUGUAUGUUGAUGGAGCAGCUAACAUUGAAGGGUCGGGUGCUGGGGCUGUGCUAUUGGGCCCAGAUGGCUUCAAGUCUGAGCAUGCACUGAGCGACUCACAGCUUGUAGUAGGCCAGGUGAAUGGCACCUGCGACAUCAGGGAUCCCCAGCUCAGUCGCUAUGCCUCUAUGGUUAACAGAUUGAAAUUGAUAUUUGCCCUCUUCCAAAUUGAUAAAAUACCAAGAGUAGACAACCACCGAGCUGACGAGCUGUCAAAGUUGGCCUCCUCGCAGGACAUUAACCCUCAGAGAUCAACAAUUGUCGAAGCACUGGAUGCACCGAGCUACACUGACUUCACAGUCGAGUGUCAACUGCUAAGUACAGACCCCUCUACACCGAGCUGGACCAUCCCACUCAUAAAUUAUCUACAAAGUGGCGAGCUACCUGAAGACCAGUCUACUGCAAAAGUGAUUAGACGCAGGGCGGCACAUUUCACUUUGGUAGAUAACCAGCUCUACAAACGGGCAUCCUCUAUGCCCCUAUUACGCUGCCUUACCCCCUACGAAGCUGAAUACGCGGUGAGGGAAGUUCACGAAGGAGUAUGUGGCACGCACAUAGGUGGCAAGACUUUAGCUCGGAAACUCCUGAGGCAUGGUUAUUACUGGCCUACUAUGGUCGAGGACGCGCUGAACUAUGUCAAAAAAUGUCCGACCGGCCAGUUCAAUGCUGAUGAUAUACACAUGCCAGGAGAAAUGCUAUCAUCUCUCACGUCUCCCCGGCCCUUUGCUCAAUGGGGUGUCGACCUGCUCGGCCCCUUCACCAAAGGCAAAGGAGGCUGCACUUUUCUAGUCGUUGCAGUGGAUUACUUCACUAAGUGGAUAGAAGCUAAACCAUUGUCCACGACAACAGAAAGGAAAAUAAAAGAAUUCUUGUUCAAUUCAAUAUUGUGCAGGUUUGGCAUACCUAAGCGGAUCAUCGCCGAUAAUGGGCCACAGUUCUGAGCAGCAGCACUGAGAUCGUUUUGUAACGACUAUGGCAUUGAGCUCGCCUUGACGUCGGUAUAUACUCCACAAU